CUUGUUAGAUAGUUAAUUGUUUUAUAGAGGUGCCACUCUAUCUUAUAAAUAUAAUUUGAUAACUUCCACAUAAUGGUAGCCUACAAGUCAAGGAUGUAGACAGAAACCCUGCGUUAUAAUCUACUCGAUUAAAUGUGAAGUAUAAUGGGGUUGAACGCGCAGCAUUAAUGAAUGUAGCGCGGGGCGCGCGUGGACCCCUCCGCCUCUCCACACAAACACUCGAGACGCACAUCAGACGUCCAGCACUUUACCAACGUCCACACUUAUUUCUCUCCUGUUUUACGCGUUAUUUUGUCGGGCACUGUAGUUUUUCGCGCUCGUGCACGGUUUUCCUCGCGUCUGGAGAUGUGGUGGAUGCUGUUUCCCAGAUGGAUUUGGUUUUUAUUCGGGCAAUUUUGCGUCUCGCGGGUGGACUUGCGCGCGAGAGCGUUGCCAAUGCCAAUGUCAAUGUCCAAAGUGGUUUAUUCUCACGCGGGGAUGUGUCCAAACGAGAUGAACCCGAACCUGUGGGUGGACGCUAUGAGCACCUGCGAGCGAGAGUGCGAGUCUGACCAGGACUGCGAGCCAUUUGAGAAAUGCUGUUUAAACGUUUGUGGAAACAAGAGCUGUGUGGCCUCCCGUUACAUGGACCUCAGGGGUAGGAAAGGUCCUAUGGGAAUGCCCAAAGGCAUCACCUGUGACAAAUUCAUGUGCACGCAACAAGGUUCAGAGUGUGACAUCUGGGACGGACAGCCGGUGUGUAAAUGCAAAGACCGUUGCGGACAAGAGCCCCGUUUCAUCUGCGCCUCGGACGGCAUGACCUACUACAACAAAUGCUAUUUAGAUGCGGAGGCCUGCACGAGGGGCACCACUCUCACCGAAGUCACCUGUAAGUUUCACCUUAGCUUCUCCAACACCAGCCCUCUUCCUGAGGAAACCACCGUUCGACCCACCACAGCUCAUCUUCAGACCACCCCUAUCGAUAUUCAAGCACCUAUCAUGGUCAGCAAUCCGAUGAACUACUUUGUGUUUGUGGGCGAAACCGCCAGCUUCCUGUGCGAGGUGACGGGUAAGCCGAAACCGGUGAUUACCUGGGAGAAGCAAAUUAAAGGCAAAGAAAGCACCGUGAUGGGACCCAACCACGUGCUUGGAAACAUAGUGGUUACUAACAUCGCCCAGCUGGUUAUAUACAACGCCCAAAUCCAGGAUGAGGGCAUCUACACGUGCACUGCUAAAAACCUGGGUGGAUCCGUCCAGGCUCAUUUUCCGCUCUCUGUGGUUCCCAGAGAGCAGACCAAACCUAAACCGGUGACGAAUAUCACUCGCUUACCGCCUGAGGAAUGUUCGAAAGAACCGGAUAUGGAUGUCUGCGGAGAGGAGAGCGUUAGUUGGUACUACGAAGCUAAGGGCAACAACUGCUUUACCUUCACGUACAGCCAGUGCGACAAAAACAAAAACCAUUUCGACACGUACGAGUCAUGCAUGACAUCGUGCAAAACGGAGAUUGCCGCCCCAUGCACUUUACCGAGCGUACAGGGGCCCUGCAAGUCAUACAAACCGCGUUGGGCCUACUUUCCUGCGCUUAAGAAAUGCCAGCCUUUCGUUUACGGAGGGUGUGCCGGAAAUAAAAACAACUUCGAGAGCCAGGAAGCUUGCGAGGAGAAGUGUCCCUUCCCCAAGACCAAGAACUGUAAGCAGUGCAAGCCCAGGCAGAAAAUGAUCCCCAGCUUCUGCAAGAGUGACUUUGUGGUCCUGGGGCGAAUAUUGGAGAUGAAGGAAGACCACGAUUCUGGCCACGCGCUCAUCACCAUGGAGGAGAUCUUGAAGGACGAGAAGAUGGGACUGCGGUUCUUCCUGCAGGAACCUCUGGAAGUGACGCUGCUCAAUAUGGAUUGGAAAUGUCCCUGUUGGAACGUGACCAGAGCGGAGAGUCAAAUGAUCAUCAUGGGAGACGUUCACAACGGCAUGGCCGUCCUGCAGCCCGACAGCUUCGUGGUCGCGUCAACCGCAAGGCGCAUUCGUAAACUCCGUGAGCUCGUCAACAAAAAGCCUUGCGAUAUUUUGAUGGAGUUCAGCAACGCAAAGUACUAGAGGAGUUUCGAUGCAAUGCCAACCUUGGACGUCACAUACGGAUUUGUCUUGCUGUGUAAAAAAACUACUACUACAACUACUACAAUCAUGUCAAAUUGCUGCUAUUUGGCAGCAUGGAGGAUGGAGAGAUGAAAAUUGUGAAUUGAACUGUGUGAAUGACUUUAUAUGAACAUAUUAUCUUAUUUACGUCUACACGUUGUAGUGCGAGUACAGUUGUUUUAGUUUGACUAAAAACCUCAGAUCUUGUAUAAAACCAGACUCAGAACGAACGCCUUGCAAGGCAGUCGCUGAACUUCAGUCGAAACAGGUGGUUAAACUUUACUAACUAUUUAUGCUUCAUGAAGAAAGCAUUCGAUUUGAAAGCCAUGUCAUUCGUAAACUAAAAAAAUGACAUGUUAAAUACUAUUGCACCUUAUUUUUAAUUCAUCUUUUAGUUUUUGUUCCAUUUAUUUAUUUUAACACCGUACUUUUACGUUACUACCAUAAGUUGAAACAGGUAGUCCUAUGUGCAUGCUUUACAAAGUAUGUCAAACCAUACAAUGGCAAACAUAUAAUGAGAUUAUAACUAUUAUUUUAUGAGCAGUUGAAAUAAAUUAAACUUUUAUGGAACACCUUCAGAGAUCGGCAAUCGAAUGUCUUUCUUAUUCGUCGUUGUGGUCGUGGGUUACGAGGGUUUUUUAAAUGAGCUUUGAUAGGAGGGGGGAUACUUUAUGAUAAAUCUCCGGUCCCACCCCUCACCCCAUUGGAUCCUAUUGUCAGUCAGUACAGGCCUUGAUUUCGGAACGGGUCACAUUCCAGCUGUUCUCUGGUGGGAAAUGUUGUGACGAAGGGGGAUGGGGGGCCAGUCUGAUCCCUUGUGUUGUGUCUGGCUUAAGACUCUCUCCUCGGCCACCGAGCUUUCAUGUGAGAACCUCCGCCUCCCCCCGGCUUCCCGGCCAUCUCAUCUCCACAGCUCCAUCUCCAGCCAAGCUGUGACCCGGCAUGGGAGGGGAGCCAACACACACACCGCUCUCGGUUUUAAAGGCACGGCUUCGAACUUUUGACUGGAGCUGGAUGGGAGGGAGAGGGAUAACACAUGCUUAUUCCCUAGGGUGGGCCUCCGAUAGCUGCUACCUCAGGCUGGCUGAUGGGGUCUCAUCGGUGACCCCGUAAGAGGCUCAUGAAAGGAAUCAAAAGAGAAGGGGGCGUGGAUCUCAGAUAGGAUUGGUUGGGGGUGCUGGGAAUGCCGAGUGGGGAAGUUUCAUUAGAGCUGUUGACGAGUGUCAAGUAAAGCAAUCAAGCUCAAGUUCAGCCGGCGAUGAGUGUUUUUGUCGUUUAUGGUAUUAUUGAUGAUGGUGUGGCAGGUGGUUCGAUACGCACGCAUGUAACUGUCUGUUCUGGGUUUGGUGGGAUCGAAUGAACGUUUUAAAGCAGAGAGCCCAUAUCAGAGUAACACUAAUCUGAAUAUUUGGGGGGAACACUGCCCCCACUGAUGUCUAUAGAGGUUACGGCCCUGUUGAAAAGCGCAUCGAACAUUAUACAAGGUUAAUACGGUCUUGACAUUAUGUUUAAACCAACCACAAGAUGCAUGAAAUGAAGAUGCAUGUGAUUAAGCAAAUGUUGUUACGUUGGUCCUUAGAUAUAUGCCAGGCCAUAUAACGUUAACCAUUCAAAAAUAUAUAUGAGGGUUUGAACACUGUUUUAUUCACACCUACAUUAAAAAACACUGUAGUAUAGUCGGUUUCAGCAGUAACAACAUAAACAAGUGGCUUUUGUGGAACAAACAUAACUUCUGGUAACCUAUGCUAAUAAUUAAUAACAACAAAGUCCUUUUAAAG